ACAUUGCUUAUAUAUCAAAACUGCCCGUGAUUCCGGCAAAGGAGAAGGAGAGAUUAUGAUGAUGCUAAGGCAAACGUCGAGAAAGGCUUACCUAGGGUUACGAGCGUCUCCUCUAGGGUUAGGGCGUCGAUUAUACCACGAGAAUGUGAUCGACCACUUUGAAAACCCUAGAAACGUUGGAUCCUUCAACAGGAAUGACCCUAACGUUGGCACUGGAUUGGUAGGAGCUCCUUCCUGCGGAGACCUCAUGAGCCUCCAGAUUAAGGUCGAUGAUUCAGGUCAAAUCAUUGACACUCGAUUCAAGACCUUUGGCUGUGGCUCUGCUAUCGCCUCCUCUUCCGUUGCUUCUGAAUGGAUCAAGGGCAAAACCUUAGAGGAAGUUUUGACCAUCAAGAACGCGGAAAUCGCAAAGCAUCUAAGUUUGCCACCCGUUAAGCUACAUUGCAGUAUGCUUGCAGAGGACGCUAUCAAGUCUGCGGUCAGAGACUACAAGGAGAAGCAAGCAAAGGCUAAUGCUGCAGGAGAAACCGUCUAGGCCUGAUUCCACUAAUAUAUGCCGUAUUGUGCUUCUGUUGAUGAUGAAAUACACAAACUUACAAGGAGAGGUGUGUUUGGUUGUUUUAGGGUUUUAUUUCAAAUGUUUAUUUAAGUGCUUUGAAUAAAAAUAGCUGAGCAUG